AUGUCUCCACUCAUGUCUCAUAAUCGGAUAAUCACCUCAUCCAAAUCACCAGCUUCUAUCUUGACAAAAGUGAACAAGACUAGUCAAUCAACCGCCAUCUCGGUCCCAUCUCAGAAAACCGUAACAGAACCAUCUUCAUCUUCAACCAUGGGAUCAUCUUUAUCCACAGCACCAACAAAAUCCAUAAAGGGGGCCUCGAUUAUUUCGGUGCCCACUGCAAGAAGCUACGCGGACAUGGAGCAAAUGGAAGAGGUCGAAGAGGUCGGAAGUUCAAUAGCGUCCAGGAAACGGGCCAAAGGAAAACAAAUUCGGCCGAGACAGCAACAACUGAAUACCCAGAUCGGAGAGGAUGGCGAAGAAGAUGUUGAAAAUGGCGAGGAAGCUUUGCCGGAUUACAACAACAUGUACAUGUACGAGUUCGUCAAGGAUUUGGGAGUCGGGCGGCGUUCAAAGGCGUAUGUAGAGCAGCAGGAAAUGUUUAAUCAGCAACAAAAGGUAGACAAGAAGGAGCAACGGAUACGAGAUAUUCGAAUUUUGGAAGGCAGAGGCCCUUCACCGCAACGGGAGCUUGAGAAAGAGGAAGGGGAGGAAGAAGACGAGUUGCAGGCUGAAGAUGGCAAUGAUGACGAGACACGAAACAAGGACGAAAAGUUCAGUUUCGCAAAAAUCGAGAUCAGUACAUCAAAACCAUCAUCAGCGCAUAAGACAUUUGCUCCGCAAGUUCGUGUUAUUGACGGACGAAUUGAGCUGGACAUGGAUUCGUUGACUGUGGACCAUGCGGUUGUGGAAGCAGUAGAGAACCAGGGUCCAAUGGAAUAUGUCGAAGAGUCAUCGAGCACCAAGUUUAUCAACAGCGCGUCCUUUGGUAAGAAGGUUCGAUCUGAACGGUGGAACGAUGAAGAGACGGAGCUUUUUUAUAAGGCAUUAUCGCAGUGGGGCACCGAUUUCAGUAUUAUUUGCAGAUUGUUUCCAAGCAAGACUCGAAUUGCUGUCAGGAACAAAUACAAGCGCGAGGAUCGGUACAAUCAUAGCAGGAUCGAAGAGGCAUUGAGCAACCGGGCACCAAUCGAUCUUGAACAAUACUCGCAAAUGACGAAGAUAGAGUUCCCUGAAGUGAGCGAAUUGGAUGAGGUCAAGAAACUGUCCGAGGAAAAUGAAGGAGACGACUCAUUGCUCCCCGAAAACGGCUAUGAGGACGAAUAUGGCGAUGAACAAGAAACUGGACCAGAGGAGGAGAUCGUGGAGCAGGAGGACGAUGGAGAGGAGAUUGUUGGCAUGGUCGAGUAG